CGGCCAUGCGGGCUGGGGCAUGAGACCCUCUGCACGGCAGGAGAGGAGCGAGGUUGGGACACUUCUCAGCCAGACUGGGGCUCCAUCAUGGCUCAAGAAGCCCUGAACACACGGCCCUAGCCCUGGAGGGGUGGGCGCCUGCUCCCUAGGAGAGCUGCCACCGGGCAGGGAACCUCAGUGGCCUCUUUGCCACCAAGCCCCAUUCCUGAGCAACUGGGUGGCCACCGAGCAAUCAGAGACAGAGUUAUUCUCCUCUCUGUGCCUAGGCAAUGCACCAGAGGAUAUGGUCUCAGCUGCCCUGGACAUCAAGCAGCAGGACAGAGGCGAGAUGGGGCUCAUAGGCAGGGAGCAGGAGUCCUGAGGUGCCGCUCACAUGGAGCUCCUAGGCAGCUGCAGCCUCCAGCUCUGAAACCUGUGGCUGAGGCAUGCCAGGAAUUUUCUAAUCUCUGCCAGAUUCAGGACACACUCCACGGAUAUGGGACUCCAGGCUUAUCUUCUGCUUCUCCUCGCACAGCUGGCAGGGGCCAUCCUAGACAUCACCCUGAUUGCCAACGUGCAGAGCCUGUCCCACUCCAACUUCUUCCUGUCCUGUGUGAUGGGGGAGCGCGAUGUGAGCUACCUGCAGAUCGAGCGGGAGAACAAGAUCGUGAUGACGCACCCCAAGACUGGCUUCCAGAACUACCGCAACCGCAGCAACCAUGUCCAGGCCAGGGGCUUCUCCAUGGCCGACCUGGUGGGAAUCCUCUACUGUCUGGGGCGCACCCCAACUGAGCAGGCCCAGGUGGUCUAUGUGCACAACAGCCACAAUGCCCAUCUCUUCCCAGUGAAGGCCACAAAGUCUGUGAAUGUCGCUGAACCGGUCACCUUCUCUGCCAAAGUCAUCAAAAGGAAGGAGACAGACGUUAUGUGGAAAAGAAACGGCACCUACUACCAGACCACAGACCGAGGAGAGGUGCAGGGCAACCUCGUCACCUUGACACUCCCCAAUGUCAGCGUGAGUGAAAAUGGUGUCUACAGCGCCACGUUCAUGGGGGACAGUCCCCUGUGGAGUGCCUUCUACCGUCUGAUCGUGAGAGCCUGCCCUGCAAAAAAAUGGGGACCAUCCUGUGAGAAAGAUUGUCCUGACUGUCUGAAUGGUGGCAUCUGUCACGACCAUGUCGGCGAAUGUGUCUGCCCCCCUGGGUUCAUGGGCACCCGCUGUGAGCGAGCCUGCCGGGAAGGGCAGUUUGGCCGCAACUGCCAGGAGACAUGCCAGAGAGCCCAGGGCUGCAGGGGACUGAGCUUCUGUCUGCCGGACCCCUACGGCUGCUCCUGCGCCUCAGGCUGGAGUGGCUCCCGCUGCAGUCAAGCCUGUCCCGCGGGAUACUACGGUCCUGACUGCGCCUUGGAGUGUGCCUGCCAAAACGGGGGCAGCUGUAACCGCUUCAGCGGCUGUGUCUGCCCAGCAGGGUGGCACGGGCAGCACUGUGAGAAGUCAGACCGGUUCCCACAGAUCAUCCAACUGGCCUCAGAGCUGGAGUUCAACCUGGGCUCAGAGCCCAUUGUCAGCUGUGUGGCCACCGGCAACCCACUGCCUGCCAGUGACAGCGUGGAGCUGCGCAAGGCUGAUGGCACUGUGCUCAAGCUCAUCAAAGCCAUCAUUGAGCCAGGGCAGAUCACAUGCGAGUUUCAGGUGCGACACCUGACAAAGGCGGACACAGGGCUCUGGGAGUGCCGAGUUUCCACCACUGGGGGCCAGGACAGUCGGAAAGUCAAGGUCAACGUCAGAGUGCCACCAGUGCCUCUGAGCGCCCCCCGGCUGCUGGCCAAGCAGAGCCGCCAGCUUGUGGUGUCACCUGUGGACUGCUUCUCUGGCGAUGGACCCAUCACCUCUAUCAAACUACUCUACAAGCCCAAGGAUGACACCUCAGCCUGGUCAUCUAUUGUGGUUGACAACAGCGAGAACAUCACCCUCAUGAAUCUCCGGCCUGUGACUGCCUACAUCGUCAAGGUGCAGCUGACACGGCCUGGGGAUGGUGGGGAGGGCAGCAAAGGUCCAGAGGCCGUCAUGGUGACUGAGUGCCUUGAGCCCACAGUCAAGCCUGUGAUCGAAGGUUGGUCCAUAGAGGAGAAGAACACACUUCACGUCAACUGGAAAUUGUCAAGUAACCAUGAGCCAGCCCAUGGGUUCAUUGUGCACCUCUUUGACUCUGCAAGGCGGCUGGUGUGUGAGAAAAACAUCACCUCCAUCUCAGUGCUUUCUGCCCGCAUUGGGGAUCUGGAGUUCAACAAGGAAUACGGACUAGAGGUGCUGGUGUACCACUGCACCAGCCUGGGGCCUCCCUCUGACCUCUACAAAGUCAUGAUCAACAGUAAAGGGCCCUCCUCACCACGGCUGCUCUCAGCAGAGUCAGUGUCCGACACUGCUGUCAGGCUUUCGUGGCAGGUUCCUGAGUACCCCAAUGGGGGCAUCACCAAGUACAUCGUGGAGCUGCAGCAGGUGGGAGGCACCAGUGAGCCCCAGUGGAUUGACACUGACAGCGGCGCUGAGACCACCAAGAUUGUCGGUGGCCUCAAUGCCAGCACCAGUUACCAGUUUCGUGUCCGUGCCAACUCCCAUGUUCCAGGGGAAUGGAGCCAGCCUGUGAAAGCCAAGACCCUGGGGGACGGAGCACUGAGCGUGCCACCCAGCCUGGGCAGCCAGAGCACUGAGCAGGCCGGAAUAGACCAACAGCUGCUGUUGGCCAUCGUUGGCUCUGUGUCUGUCACCUGCCUCACCAUCCUUUUUGCCCUCCUGGCUCUUUUCCUCAUCAAGAAGAAUUUUUUCCACCGGCGCCGCACCUUUACAUACCAGUCUGGCUCGGGGGAAGAGACCAUCUUGCAGUUCAACUCAGGAACUCUGACCUUGACACGCCGGCCAAAGCCCCAGCCUGAGCCCCUCAGCUACCCAAUCCUGGAGUGGGAAGACAUCAAGUUUGAAGAUAUGAUUGGGGAAGGCAACUUUGGGCAGGUCAUCAGGGCCAUGAUCAAAAAGGAUGGCCUGAAAAUGAAUGCAGCCAUCAAGAUGUUGAAAGAAUUUGCUUCAGAGAAUGACCAUCGAGACUUUGCUGGGGAGCUUGAGGUCCUGUGCAAACUGGGCCACCAUCCCAACAUCAUCAACUUGCUGGGUGCCUGUGAGAACAAGGGCUAUCUGUACAUUGCCAUUGAGUAUGCUCCCUAUGGAAAUCUCCUUGACUUCCUCCGCAAAAGCCGAGUCUUGGAGACAGACCCAGCCUUUGCCAAGGAGCAUGGCACUGCCUCCACUCUCACCUCCCAACAGCUCCUCCAGUUUGCUUCAGAUGUGGCCAAGGGGAUGCAAUAUCUGAGUGAAAAGCAGUUCAUUCACAGAGACCUGGCAGCCAGGAAUAUCCUGGUGGGAGAAAACCUGGCCUCCAAGAUCGCUGACUUCGGCCUCUCCAGAGGAGAGGAGGUCUAUGUGAAGAAGACGAUGGGCCGCUUGCCAGUCCGAUGGAUGGCCAUCGAGUCCCUGAACUACAGCGUGUACACCACCAAGAGUGAUGUGUGGUCUUUCGGUGUCCUGCUCUGGGAGAUUGUCAGCUUAGGAGGGACUCCGUACUGUGGGAUGACAUGUGCUGAGCUCUAUGAGAAGCUGCCCCAGGGCUACCGCAUGGAGAAGCCUCGCAACUGUGACGAUGAGGUGUACGAGCUGAUGCGGCAGUGCUGGCGUGACCGUCCCUACGAGCGCCCACCCUUUGCCCAGAUCUCCAUGCAGCUCAUCCGCAUGCUGGAGGCCAGGAAGGCCUAUGUGAACAUGGCGCUGUUCGAGAACUUCACCUAUGCAGGGAUUGAUGCCACUGCUGAGGAGGCAUGAGGCUGUGCUGGCGCCAUGUACUGGGCAACACUAUCCCCAGCCUGCUAGGAUAAAGCUGUGGAGAUAAGGGACUGCCCCUUCUCAAGACCACCUUCAUUACAGCAGGACUGUGCCACCCCUUCCCCAGCUGCUCAUUCAGCAUGUGCUGGCCACACUGGUAUGCCAGCAGCUACCAACACAGGCCCACACUAUUGAGAGACAUGUUGUGAUGGCCUCCAAGGACAAAUAGCAGCACGGUGUUUACAGCAAAGCAGGCAAGAAAUGGUGCUGCAACCUGCACCCAUGGACACAAAUACCUAAACUUUUGGGGUGAAAGAGGAAGAAGCAACUCAGCAGCUACCUGCCCUGAAGAUCUCAGCCCAUUCUGUGCCUGACCUGGUGCCAAUGAGGCUGUGAGCAUCACUGUUGACGUGGGACAGGGCCAUCUCAUUGGGCGUGAAGGGACGAGGUGCAGUGUUGGCUUCACACUGCCUCCAGCUCUGCGGUAGCCUUCAGAGAUGUCAGCUCUGCCUUACAGACAAUAAACGUCUGCAACAGGCAGCCGAGUCCAGCUCUAGGGAGGUGGGGAUCCAGCUCUGUCCUGACAACACUGGGGAACAGGAUGCAGGGCUCUGAUGGGCUGUUGAUGUGAUGGGCACUCCUUGGGAUCCUGUCUGUGAUGGGGAUGCUCUGAUAAUCAUCAAGGAUUCCCCUGUGCCCCAAGACAAGCCCCAAGUCUCAUCACAGCAUGGAGAUGGGUUUUCUUAGUAUCCACAUGAGAUUGUCACUCCUUGAAAUCUAAGACUUUGUCCUGUCCCCAAGGAAAAUGGAGAACAGUCCUUCCUGUGCACCUCUGCUAGCAUGCUUGAAAACUGUUCUUGCAGCUUCCUCUCAGUUGGAUGCUUUUCACAGGGGUAGUCUUGCUCCUGCAGAUGGUUCCUGUGGGGUUGUGCAGCUCUGCAUGCUUUGCACCCUGGCCAGACAAUGCCUGCCCAGCACUGUGCCAAGCUGCCAGGUAACUUCCCACAUCUCAAAUAAGGACCGUGGUGUUAAACCAGCCUGCUUGAAGGUGUGCUGCUGCCAGGAUUCUUUCUCAUAUGCUGGCUUCUGUCAAACAUCUCCUGGGCUCUGCGCUGGCCCUCCCGUGGGAGCUCCUGUCCAAGACUGUAGUCUCUCACCCUGCACUUCUGCUGAUUGUUAAAUUGACAGUGGAUGGGCUUUUUCUCUGUUGGCUUCAGCUUGCUAAGCCCUAGGCAUGCUAUCCAGCUGCCUGCAUAGCCUGUGGGAAACAAGGGAGGCUGCUCAAGCCCAGUAUCUUAAUCAAAGGCAGAGACAUUUGCAUUUGCCCUUCUGGACAAGAGUCUUUUAUCUCCAGAGAGUGUUUCAACCUUGUCAGUACAAUUUUGAUUUCCUAUUCUGGGCUCCAGUGCUCUCUGGUGUCAGCUGCAGACCUUAGUAGGCAGUCUCUCUAACCCAUCACUGAAGUUACCAAUAAAAUGGUGAUAGGCUCUGGCUCUUGGAA